UCAAACUGGUAGCCCUUCAUAUGACUCAGUACCCAUGAAGUAGUUUCAAAAAGGUUGGUGACCCCAGUCUACAGAGUUUUAUCUAAAAUAAUUAAGCUAAAGAUGCUUUUCUAAUCACUGCCUAUUGAAGUUUCUUUUACCUUUAAGUGUCCAGACCAUGGGUGCUAAAAGUGGGCCCGCUGGCCAAAUUUGGCCUGCCAAGUCGUGGUUUGGAGUGUUUAGUAACCAAGCGAGUUGCCUGCGACACAUUUGGACAAGCACCCCUUGAAUUACUGAAAUUCCUGAACGUUUAGCUCUAUUUGAAAAAUUCCAAGAAAAAUUCCAAGAGUUUCUCAAAGCUGAGACAUUGCGCUUUCUUGUCUGCGAGGAGCUCCUUUGUUUACCGGUGACACAGACGGAGCAGUGGAGAGAUGCAGAGAGCGGAGCGGUCAAAAUGAGUUUUUACUAUGGCGAAAAACAUAAGAAAAAUGUCUGAAAGAUGACCAUCCUGGAGAAUAUAACCUUCAUGGAGGUUCAGAGAAGACUUUGUGACCGAAGGAGCAACGGAAGGAGUCAUUUUUGGCAAGAAAAGGUAACGUUUUUUCUUCAAGUUUCCCGUGAGAGCCUGUAGCCUGGAGCUGAUGAGGCUGGAGGACCAAAGAGGAGAAAACAUGAGGAAGCUGGAGGUUCUGCUGAUGUGUUCAGAGAUCAAAGCUACUCACCACAUCAACGGGAGUGGAAGACAGAGGCAGAACCUGAUGAUGGAGACCCUCACCACCGAGGUUCAACUCCAGACGCAUCCCUGACGUCAACCUCCUCUGAAUCCAGGAAAUCCAUCAGCAUGCAGCAUGGGUUCUGGUAGCCUUGGGCUGGAUCUUCAUUCCAGUUUACAUCUCUGCUGGUGUGGUCACCAUGCCUGAAUACUUGGCCAAACGUUUUGGAGGUCGAAGGAUUCGAAUUUACAUGUCGGUCCUAUCGCUCAUCCUCUAUAUAUUCACAAAAAUUUCCACUGAUAUGUUCUCAGGUGCAUUGUUCAUCCAGGUGUCUUUUGGCUGGAACCUUUAUUUGUCCACAGGUGUGCUUUUGCUGGUCACUGCUGCUUACACUGUGGCAGGUGGGUUGGCUGCAGUCAUCUACACUGAUGCACUACAGACUGUGAUCAUGGUGGGAGGAGCCUUCACAUUGAUGUUCAUAGCUUUCUCUAAAGUGGGUUGGUAUGACGGUCUCAUGACCCAAUACAUGUCCAGUGUUCCAUCAGCAACAGUUCCAAACACCAGCUGUCAUUUUCCUCGCGCUGAUGCCUUCCACAUGCUUCGAGACCCGCUGUCUGGGGACCUACCUUGGCCUGGCCUGGUGUUUGGGCUUACAGUGCUGGCCACUUGGGUGUGGUGCACGGAUCAGGUCAUCGUCCAGAGGUCUCUGUCAGCAAAAUCCCUAUCUCACGCCAAAGCAGGAAGUGUUUUAGGAGGUUACCUGAAGCUGCUGCCCAUGUUCUUUAUUGUGAUGCCUGGGAUGAUCAGCCGAGCUCUGUUCCCAGAUGAGGUGGGUUGUGUGGAUCCAGCUGUUUGUCAGAGUGUUUGUGGAGCCUCAGUCGGUUGUUCAAACAUUGCCUAUCCUAAGCUAGUGAUGGAGCUCAUGCCUGUGGGGGUCCGUGGUCUGAUGCUGGCAGUCAUCUUAGCAGCUCUGAUGUCCUCACUGACCUCCAUCUUCAACAGUAGCUCCACUUUGUUCACUCUGGACCUCUACCAUAAAGCCAGGCCCCGUGCUUCAGAGCAAGAGCUGAUGAUUGUUGGAAGGAUUUUCAUCUUGGUCCUGAUGUGCAUCAGUUUGGUGUGGAUUCCAGUCAUCCAAACUGCCAACAGUGGGCAGCUUUUCGACUACAUCCAAUCAGUCACCAGCUUCUUGGCCCCUCCCAUUACUGCUGUCUUUGUCAUGGCGGUUUUCUGGCCUCGCGUCAAUGAGCAAGGUGCAUUCUGGGGUCUGAUGGCCGGUUUGGUGGUCGGGCUGAUCCGCAUGGUUCUGGAAUUCUGCUACCCGCCCCCUGCUUGUGGUCAGCCAGAUGGCCGGCCUGCUGUGGUGGCUGAUGUUCACUACCUGUACUUUGCACUCAUCCUAUUGGCUUUCAGCGGUCUCGUCAUUGCCGCCAUCAGCUUGGCCACUGCUCCCAUUUCUGAAGAAAAUCUACACCGGCUGACCUGGUGGUCCAGAUUCAGUACUGAGCCACGUAUUGAUCUUGAAAAUCCCCAGACAUCAUCUGACCCAAGAAACUCGAUCAGCUCUGGAGCUGACAGCUCAUCACAAUCCAAAUGGAAGGCAAUAGCUUUACGUCUCUGUGGUUUGAGUGGUAAAAAUUCUCAAUCUGAACCUCCAAGGACUGAAAACAGCGACCAGAACUUCCUGCAGGAGAAGUCUAUUUGGAGAAAUGUCUGCAACUUUAAUGCUCUGCUGCUGCUGGCUGCCAAUGUCUUUCUCUGGGGAUACUUUGCAUGAUGUACAGGUUUCUGUCUGCUCGCCAGCAAUCAUUAACAUACUCAGCCAUGACUGUUCAAAUCUGGCUCAGAACCAGGUUCAAACCCAAAACUGAUGCUUCACACAAACUUUAAACCUCCUUGAUGUUCAAAUUUGCUGCUGAUGGUGGAAUGAAAUCAUGUUGUCCACAUGUUUUUGUUUGUUUCAUGCUUUUCAAAAAACCCUAUGGGUUGAUUCAUUUCUCAAGAUUCCCCAAAUUAACUUAAAACAAAACAGCUUCAAUACAAGUUUAGAUUCUGCCUAAAGCAUGCAGAAGCUCAUAAGACAUUGUUUAGAAUCUAAUUUUAUUAUUAUUAUUUUUUAGUGUACUGUCAAAUAUGUCCUUUGACUGAGUGCAUUUCAAUGCUGUUUGAGAGUACUAAAUUGAACAUCUUGUGUAGUGAUUACUGUAUUAAAUGCUGUUAAGUUGUAUAUUGUUUAUUGGUGCUAAAGUCCUAAACUAAUUAGUUGUUAAUCAUCUUCAGUAGUGGCAGGUUUACAAAUGCUGAUAAAAACUCAGCCAAUAGUUCCCUGAUCUGGGACACCCUACCAACCACCUCAGAGCUCCACAGUUCAGGCUUAUUCAGAGGAUGAACAAACACUUAUUACUGUCGUGGUCAGAGUGUCAGGACCCGACAGCAUUCUGUUGGUGCAUUGCUCCUUGAUCCCCCAGAGAAGUCAUGGACCAGGCAAAAAAAAUCUUCCUAAUCCUAAAUCAGCAAUAACUGAGCCACCUUCUGCUGUGAACAUACUUAAAUCCUCAGCAAAACAUUGACUGCUAAUGAACUGGCACAAAUACAUCCUAACUUCCCGUCCAUAUCGAGAAGUAGCUGGUGCCGUCGGUGAAAGACUACAGGCCAAAUUUCCAACUCACAGCAGCUUUACUCGUUUGAGAAACCUUGUUCAGGGUCCCAUGAACAGAUGGAGGACUUUAGGAACUGAUGUGAGACAGUUUUUCUUUCAUUCAGCAGAUUUGGGAGCGUGCUCAGGGUCUUGGAAAAAAUGCUCUGCCACACCAUUAUUGAGGGAAUGCCUGUAUUUUAUCCGGGCUGGGGACCGGCACAGGGAGACCCAGACUUGUCCCACUUAGGUAAUAAUAAGUAGGUAGCUUAGAGAUAUGUGCAGGUCAUCCUUGUUUCGCCUGUGGCUAGCGCUGUUGCUGGUGUGCUAUCAGGGACACUAACGCCCUCAUGGUAGUUUGCGGGUUUCCAUCAUAGAUGAGUUAAGAUAAGAUAAGAUAAGAUAAGAUAGUCCUUUAUUCGUCCCACGGUGGGGAAAUUUCAGGGUUACGGCAGCAUUACAAAUAGAAAAUUUGGACAAUAUACAUAUUUACAAAAAGAGCAAAGUAAUUAUGCAGAGAUAAAAAAGAAAAAGAAAAGAUAAAAGAGGAAGCAAUUGCACUGUGGAUAUGAUUUAUGUUACAGAAAUUGCACAAUGUAUUUUUAAAGUGGCUUGGAUUAAGUAUAAAUAAUAAAGUGACAAAAAUAAGAA